CGCUGUCUCUUGGUAUGCGCCAGUUGUCCCCAGGGGUUCGUAGAAAGGCCUGGCGCGUACCAAGAUGGUAAAGCGGGGAUUUCCUUUUGCAGCUCGAACUUUCCAAUGUAUACGACAUCUGCACACUGUAUACCAGACAGUAGAAUUGCCAGAGACUCACCAGAUGCUCCGCCAGACAUGCCAGGACUUUGCUGAAAAAGAGCUGGCUCCUAUUGCUGCUGAGCUGGAUAAGGAGCACCGCUUUCCUACUGAUCAGAUCAAGAAAAUGGGGGCUCUUGGACUACUAGCUAUGGAUGUGCCAGAGAAAUACAUGGGAGCAGGACUUGAUUACCUCGCGUAUUCCAUUGCCGUGGAAGAGAUCAGUCGGGGCUGUGCAUCUACAGGUGUCAUCAUGAGUGUCAAUAAUUCCCUCUAUUUAGGACCGAUUCUGAAGUUUGGGUCUGAAGACCAGAAACAAAAGUGGAUUGCUCCAUUCACCAGUGGGGAAAGAGUGGGUUGCUUGGCCCUCAGUGAACCAGGAAAUGGCAGCGAUGCAGGAGCCGCUUCAACAGUGGCCCGGCUCGUUGGCAACAAGUGGGUCUUAAACGGCACCAAAGCCUGGAUCACCAAUGCUUGGGAAGCCAGUGCGGCUGUGGUGUUUGCCACCACAGACAAAUCCCUGAAACACAAGGGUAUUAGUGCCUUCCUUGUUCCAAUGCCAACCCCGGGCUUGUCUCUGGGCAAGAAAGAAGACAAACUAGGAAUCAGAGCAUCAUCCACUGCCAACCUCAUCUUUGAGGACUGCUGUAUUCCCAAGGACAACAUGCUGGGGGAGCAGGGAAUGGGCUUCAAAAUUGCCAUGCAAACCUUGGACAAUGGCAGGAUUGGAAUUGCCUCACAGGCCCUGGGAGUAGCCCAGGCAGCUCUAGACUGUGCAGUGGAUUAUGCUGAGAAGAGGAUGGCUUUUGGUGCUCCCAUCACUAAGCUGCAGGCCAUUCAGUUCAAGUUGGCUGACAUGGCCCUGGCGCUUGAGAGUGCUCGUCUGCUGACCUGGAGAGCGGCUAUGCUGAAGGACAAUGGGAAGGCCUACACCAAGGAAGCGGCAAUGGCCAAGCUGGCUGCUUCUGAGGCUGCAACUGCUAUUUCCCAUCAGGCUAUCCAGAUACUGGGAGGGAUGGGCUACGUGACGGAAAUGCCAGCAGAACGGCACUAUCGUGAUGCUCGAAUCACUGAGAUCUACGAGGGAACCAGUGAGAUACAGAGGCUGGUGAUUGCAGGGCAACUGCUGAAGGAGUACCGAGGUUGAAGUUGCAAGGCUGGGGUAGGGGGAGACUUGCAUUUAAGUGCCCCUUGAUAGUAGACUGUGCCUUGGGCAAAAAGUACUUGUCAGCUGGGUGCCAGGGGCCAAGCCCUCUCCUUUGGUCAUUGACCUUUUAUGGGACUAUGCAAAACCUGACCGGCCCAACUGCUUGGGAAAUUUUGAUUGUUCUGAAAUGGUAGGACAUGACACCUGUUAGGCUAACAGUAGCUAAUCAGGGCACAUGAGCCUUUUGAGAGAGGGCCCACAGUUCAUUGGGUGAGUCUGUUUGGCUUGAUGUUCAAGCUGCCUUUUUACAGAAAUUGCACAAUAAAUACUGGGAUGGCAGCUUUGUGCUGCAGGAGAACCAAUCUUCAUAUCUCUGGGGAAAACGAGGAAAAGUGAUGAUGGUCUGACUCUCCUUGCACUAUAUCUUCAGGAUGUAUUGAAUGAACCUGAUUGUUUAACUGACAUCUGUGUGAAGUAUCAGAGUUACUUCAGCUGCUUGAGGGAGGUGGCGAAGUUGCAACUUGCAGAGCAAGUGAAGAAAAACCAUAAUUUGUACUGUCUUUUCAUCAGUCUAUUUCUGGAAUGAAAGGGUGGGUAGGAUUGGGGUACUGAUACUUCCUUCAAGCACCAAAGAGCUCCUUCACUACCACAACAAUCAGAGCCUGGGUACUCCGAGUGUGGCUGUACAAUAGGGCAGCUGUAGUAUUUAACCUCUACCUCUCUGCUGUAGCCAGUUCAUUGGAUUACAGUAAGUAAAGGUAAAGGUUUCCCUUGCUCGAAAGCCAGUCAAAUCCGACUCUAGGGGACGGUGCUCAUAUAUAACCUAUAUAGCUUAUUCACCAGUUGUAGCCAUCAACCAUGGUAGCCAAGUGGCACUUUACACAGGCAGAGGCAAAUGAUGAGGUAAUCAAGGCAGGAGGAGCUUGUUGUCUUUCUGUCCUGCUUGUGAGCUUCCCUGAGACAGAUGCCCGGGGGGGGGGGGGGCAAAGCAGAUGGGCUUCCAAGUCUGUUCCAGCAAAGCAUGUGCUUUGGGGGGGUGGGGAGAAGAGACAGUACUUUACCUGCAUUGGCAACAAAAAUUUACAUACCAAGAGUGGAUCAAAUUAUCACAAUCUAUUAUCUUUUUCCAAUAAAAAUAUUCU